CUUCUUGCAUGCGCUCCAAGCCUUUCUCUCCCAUGUCUGCAUCACCCUGGAUCUGCGCUCGUUGUUUGCGCUCUGCCACCCGCAUCCGUCGCACGUUUAACGUGCGAAGAUGGCAAAGCACAACUGCCACGAGCGACAAAAUAUCCCCCGCGCUACUUGUCCGAGCGCAAGCCAUAGCGAAAGAACAUGCCAACCUCACCGAAAAACUUGCGAAUGAUUUCGACACAAGAGAUGCAAAGCGACUGGGCGAGUUGAACUCUACGGCGGCAGCGUUGAGAGAAUACGAACAGGCGCACGCAUCUUUGCGAGAACUGAGCUCUUUGCUUGAGUCAUCGGAUCAAGAGCUGAGGGAGUUGGCGGAAGAGGAUGUCGAACCCACGCAAGCGCGCAUACAGCUCGCAUCGAAUGGAUUGAAGUCCAGCCUGGUCCCCGUGCAUCCCUUCGCACACCUGCCAUGUCUGCUUGAGAUACGGCCGGGCGCGGGUGGCGACGAGGCGGGCAUUUUCGCUGGCGAUCUGCUGCGAAUGUACGAGGGCUUCUGCGCUCGCAAUGGACUGCGCACUAGUGUUCUCAAACUCGACACGGCAGAUUUCACGGGCGCCAGUGGGGGAGCGGGCUCUCGGUUGCAUGUGCAGGAAGCUGUGCUGGAGGUCGAAACGCCGGGGUCGUAUGGCAUUCUUCGCUGUGAGGCGGGCGUGCAUCGAGUGCAGCGCGUGCCAGCGACGGAGAGUAAGGGCCGCACGCACACCUCUGCUGCGAGCGUGCUAGUGUUGCCGUCGCUACCUACAGAUGGAGCGCAGAAUAUGGACGAAAACAGCUUCAACGAUCCGAACAGCGAUUACUUUGUCGACACGAAAGAUGUCCGGACAGAUGUUAUGCGAGCGGGCGGGGCCGGCGGGCAGCACGUCAACAAGACGGAGUCUGCAGUGCGAUUGACGCAUGCGCCUACGGGAAUUGUCGUCACCAUUCAAGAAAGCAGAUCCCAGCUGCGGAACCGCGAAACGGCAUGGCAGUUGCUGCGCUCACGGAUUGCACAGUUGCGCCGCGAGGAGCGAGAAGAAGAGCAAGCACGCUUACGACGGGGUGCUGGCGCCGGCAAGGCUGGACGGGAGAACAAAGUGCGGACCUACAAUUAUGGGCAGUCACGCGUGAGCGAUCACAGAAGUGGGCUGGAUGUGAGGAAUCUCGGGGAGGUCAUGGACGGAGGCAUGGCGCUAGAUCAGGUGAUGCAGAGCGUGAGGGCGUGGAUGGCGGAGCAGGAAGUGCUGGAUCUGGUGGCUGAAGAAGAGGGCAAAACUGGUGGAAAGGGUUGAAAAGACCAAUCAUCGUGCCAUGCCGGCCAGGAGACAUUACUUGGUGAACUGCUGGACAGUAAUUGGAGAAGGCGCGGCCUCCGACACGUGCGAUGCU